AUGAUAGUUGGAAGAUUGUGUUACGCCAGUUUCUUUCAAUUUCCCCUCUAUGUCUCUAUCCUCUUUCUCUUGUCCACUAUCUUAUUUUCAUUCCUUUUUUACUUCUCCUUUAUCUUCUCCAAUUUUUGUUCUCUUCUUCCCUCUCUCUUCCUCCUUUGCCCCUCUCUCUUUCUGAUCACUUUCUCAUUCCCACAUCUCCUCUUCACCCUCUCUCCUCUUUCUUUCUCCGCCCUCGUUUUCUCUCGUCUUUUUUCUUCCUCUCAUUUUCUUUCUUUCUUUCUUUCUUUCUUUUUUCUUUCUUUCUUUCUUUCUUUCUUUCUUUCUUUCUUUCUUUCUUUCUUUCUUUCUUUCUUUUCUCUCCCCUGUCCUUUUCUAUUUUCCUCUAUAUCUUACUUUUUUCUCCGUUCUUUCUUCUUUUUCUACCCUCUCUCUCCCACCCCAAAACAUUUUCCCCUACUUUUUUCAUCUCCUUCACUCUUUAUUUCUCUUUCUCCCUUCUCUUUUCUCUAUCAUUCUAUAUCUUUUUCUCUUUUUAUCUCUUUCUUUCUUUCUUUCUUUCUUUCUUUCUUUCUUUCUUUCUUUCUUUCUUUCUUUCUUUCUUUCUUUCUUUCUUCCACUACUCACUCUCUUUCUACCUGCCCACAUUCUCCCUUUUCCUUUUCUGUCCCUCUUCCUCCUCCUCUUCCGCUCUCUCCUGUCUUUUUCUCUUUCCUUUUUUCUCUAUCUACUUGCUUGCCUAGAAAAUCAGAAUUUGAAAUUCCAUCUUUAUUUAUCUAUCUAUCUAUCUAUCUAUCUAUCUAUCUAUUUCAGUCUGUUCAUUAUCUAUCACUCUCUCUGUCUAUUUCAGUCUUCUCAUUAUCUAUCUAUCUAUCUAUCUAUCUAUCUAUUUCAGUCUGCUCAUUAUCUAUUACUCUCUCUGUCUAUUUCAGUCUUCUCAUUAUCUAUCUAUCUAUCUAUCUAUCUAUCUAUCUAUCUAUCUAUCUAUCUAUCUAUCUCUUUCUGUUAAUUAUCUAUCUAUCUAUCUAUCUAUCUAUCUAUCUAUCUAUCUAUCUAUCUAUCUCCGUCUGUUCAUAUGUAUCUAAACUCUCUUUUUGCACACUCACUCAUUGUUUUAUCUCGUACAAGCACACAUAUCUAUACUUCCGCGUACACUUUCUAACACGCCUACACUCACGUAUUAAUCAAGAUUAG